AAACAAACAUACAAACAUACAGUCAAACAAUCAAUCAAUAAACAUCAAUCAAUCCUGGUAAUAUCAUCUAAUACCCCCCCACACACACGUAAUAUAAUAUAACAUAAUAUAAUAUAAUAGUGAAAUGGCACCACCAAAGAGAUACUGGGUCAAACUAAAGGUGCCCGCCAGCACCCUCUCCAAGCUUCCCGAUUUCCCCACUCCCAUAUCCAAAUCACGACUCAAGAAAAUCGCCGCUGAGGAAAGACGAGCCGGCGGCCAUUCCCACUCCCUCUCCCCGCUGGAACGGUCCUCCCCUGCCCCAGAAGAGACAGCCAGCAGGAUCAAUCCUGCCAGUUUGAACAAUUUGGUUCCUGGUGGUGGUAGCAACAGCACCAGCGGCGCCAUCAGUCAAUUCAAAAUCAACCAGGGAUUAAAAGAGCUGAGCACUUCUGGAUUAACUAUGAAUAGCAUAACCAGUGGUCUUUACGCUUUGGACAAGCUGGGCAAACCAGUAAGGAAAUGGAUCAAAAAACCACGAGAGUUUAAGACGUUUAGUGGAUUCAAGGUGAGGUAUGUAAGUUACCAACAUAAAGACGGAAAGAAGGAAAAGAAGGAGAAGGAAACUAAAGUUGAACCUGAGUCAGUCACUCCCGAAGUCAAACUGGAAGCGUAGUCUAUAUAAGUGUAUAUUAAUAGAAGAUGUUUGAUUAUGU